AGAGAAGUUGCGGUACCUUCCCCCAUCCCUUGGCGAUCAAAGUCGGGGAGGAUGGAAAUGAGAGAAGAAGUAAUUUCUGUUAAACCCCCUUCACAUACUAGGCCUCUCUCUGUUGGCCAAUUUGAUCUUGAGAAUCUCAAAUCGCGGUCAUUCCCGUGCCCAAAACCUUCUGAAUCUAGUUCCAUGUCUGCAUCACUGAAGAAACCCUCACAUUCUAUUUCCCCAGAAUUGCCCAACUCAAGAAAGAAGAAUUUUGAGGAAUCUUCCAUGAGAGAUUCAAAUUCACCAUUAUCACCAAGAAAUGGUGAAGCAUCAUUCCUUUCUUCAAAGAAAAGGGAAUUUAGCAUUGGGUCUUCCUCAGAGAUGAAUGUGCGGAGGAGUUCCAUAGAUGACUUGAAGAGAGAUUUAAGUAAUUGUAAAAGGGAGGAUCCACUGGGGAGAGAAAAGCAGGAUAUGGAUUCAUUGGCCUCGGAAGUGAAAUCCUCAACCCUUGUCAAAGGUUUGUCAAGGGGAAAAUCGGUUAGAACAAUUAGAUCGAGUAAGCAAUUUGUUGAAACAAAGGAAAAGGCAGAGGGUUAUUCAAAUCAAAGAGAUGACAAAUUUGGAAUGAAGUGGGAUCAAAUUGAAGUAACCUCAAUGGAAAAUCCAGGAAGGAGAGAGAGACCUGAAAAUCUUCCAGUUCACUAUAGAAAACAUAAGAUUGAUCAUCUCUGUCAUAUUCCAAACUCCACAUUUUACCUGUAUCAGAAUGGAGAAAAGCAAGACACUGCUGACAGUGUAGUGGAGGCCAAAGAGGACUCAGAGUCGGAGAGUGAGUUGGACAACUUUCAUGUGAGUUCAGAAUCUUCAGAUGAAGAAGAAGCUCAAUAUGACAGUGAGGACGAUGCUGAACUUGAAACCAGUGAGGUUGAUCGGAAAGCUGGCGAGUUUAUAGCCAAGUUUAGAGAGCAAAUUAAGCUUCAGAAAACUGCAUCAAUGGAAAGAUACCCUGAUUGGUAGAUGCUCAACAAGUUAAAUUACAAAUUUCUGAUAUGCAAAAGAAUUCAAUAUAUAGAGAUGAUAUGAAGUUGAUUUGUUAUUCCAUCUUCCUUUUGUUUUCUGUUUGCAUCCCUCACUGUAAAUUUAGCUCAAAUUUUCAUCUAACCUGGGCAUUGGUGUAGAUUUGUAGUGCAUGAGAAUAGGAAAUUUAUUGCAGAAACAGUGUGUUUCUGUUGCUACCUUUCUCAGUUUUGCCCAACAUUCUUGCUUGCUUGUGCACAUACAUACAAUGAAG